GUCUAUGUCGAUGCCGGCUUCACGAGAGGCACCGACAUCCUCAAAGCCGUUGCGCUGGGAGCCACGGCGGUUGGCAUUGGUAGACCUUGGCUGUACGCUCUUGGCUACGGGCAGGAGGGUGUGGAGCAUUUGAUUGAAAUUCUCAAAGACGAGCUUGUAACGUCGAUGAAGCUGAGUGGAGUCACGGAUGUUGACCAUGCUCAUCCUGGCAUGGUCAAUACUGCG